GUCAACAUUUUCGGCGCGUUUAACGUCAUUAGUGGUUGAUAAACAGUGAGUGUGUGGAAUGCGCGCUUAAUUUUUAUUUCAUUAUUUUUAAUUUGUAUAUGUUGGUUAGUUAAUUUUUUUUCUUUCUGUUUUACAAUGGACAUUUGUCGUAUUUGUGGUGUUAAAAGUAAUCUUAAGUACACACCACAAGAAAUACGAAAAACAUUGAGGCGGGAAAAAAGCAAGAAAGAUACGAUACAUCCAAUUACAAAAGGCAAUAUUUGCAAAACAUGUGAAGUUCAUUUAAUUCAUUUCGAUGAUGAAGAUUUAUUUAGUCUAAACGGUGAAAUAAUUGUAGAAGAUGACGAUGCUUUGCUUAGUAAUAUGUUCAAUGAAUUUGAUAAAAAAUUAAAAUCCAAAAAAAACGGAUGUAUAAAAAAUAAAUCUGAAUUUGAAAAUAACUUAACUCGAAGCUCUCUUGGAAGUGAUGGAGAAGUUAUUGAAAUUCAAUCAUCGCGCGAAAGUACACCCUCUUGUUGUUUGGUAAGUGGCUCAAAUAGUACUUUAAGUUCAACAGAUUCAGGCAAUUCAAGUAUGUUUAAAAAUUGUAAUUACGAAAAAGAUGAAAAAAAGGAUAAGAAAUACAAAGCGAAAAUUAUUGAAAAUUUACCUAAUGAAAAUGUUAUAUUAAUAUCAAGUGAUUCAGAACAAGAUGAUAAAACUUGCAAAGCUGAAACAAAUGUUUUGCAUAAUAUGGAUAAUGGUUUUGAUCAGGAAGACAUGUCCAUGACAUGUAAAAGUUCAGAGGCUUCUACAGAAAAGGUAACUUCGUCACCGGAAAAAUUACCCAGAAAAAUAAAAGAAUCAUUGAUUGAUCAUGUAGCAAAAAAUAAAUACUAUAAAAAAAAAUCUCCAAAUAAAGCGAAAUGCACACAUACACCAAAAUGUGAUACAUGUGAAAAGAUUGUGCCUGAUUUGAAAAGCCUAAGAAUACACAACAGCACGCCUUGCUCAUUCAAAUGCCCAGAGUGUGAAAAAAAUUACACAUCCAGCAUUAAUCUUGUCCAACACAUGCGGCGGAAACAUCGUUUAUAUGACGGUGAAAUGCUUGUUGAAAAGUCACGCGGUCCGAGAGAUAGUGCAAUGACUAUAAGACUACUGUACGAUCGUAAAACAAUGUAUUAUGAAUGCCAACUAUGUGGUCGUAUAGAAACUGUCUUCCAAGAGCAUUUAAGUCAUAUCCUACGAGAACAUCCAUCCGAAUCAAAAUCACUAAAAGAUCCCAUGAUGCGACAAAUUAAGUGCCCAAUCUGCAAAGAACGAACUAAUAAAAAUUAUUUAAGCCUGUGCAAACACAUACUUAAACAACACACUUCAGAUGAAUAUCAAGCACAUCUAAAAUUAGUUAAAAAUUCGGCACGACGAGAAGCAAACGCUUACAAUUCGGCUAAUGUAUAUCAAUUUGUUAAUUUUAAAAACAAAUAUUUUUUUGAAUGCAAAACUUGUAAAACUAUCAGCGGUGGUUAUUUGAAUCAUAAGCUUCAUAUGAACUGUCAUAAAGAGAAAACACAAACCAAAACUACCAAGUUGAAAUUAAAACAACUUAAAGGACAAGGACAAAAUAAAGUUGAACAGCCGAACGCACAAAUGAUUUCUCAAAAGCCAAUCAAACAAAAAAUGCCAAAAAAUAAUUAUGUAACAAAAAAUUCAUCAACUGAAAUUGCUAAUAAAGUUAGAAAACGUACUUUAUCAAAAGGGAAAAUAAAGCAUAUUGCAGCAAGAUUUAAGUGUUCACAUUGCGACAUGGAUUUUAAUCAAUAUAUUGAUAUGAACUUUCAUAAAAUGCGAAAACAUAGCAAUGAUGAGUUUAAUCAUUGUUCAGAUUAUGAUAAAAGGCUUACACAGAAACGUUCAUUGCUACAACAUUUAAAGGAACAUCAAGGAUCGCCAAAGCGUUCUCGUAAAUCAUCUAAAAAAUGUAACUCAGUGGAUGAGAAUUAUAACACAGACUGCCAACACAAAAAAAUCUUAUGAAAUAAGAAUAAACGCAAUAGAAAUUUCAUUGUAUUUCUCAUCUAUUCUUAAUUUAUGUUAUUUAUGUAUAUUUAGGUUAUUUUUUAAUUAUAGUCAAUUAAUUCAUUAUAUUUUUAUUAUUAUAAAAGUUGUAAAACUCAUUUAUGAAAAGAAGUACUUUCCAUUAUAAUAUUUUAUAUCUCAAUUUAUGUGCAUAGCGUUUUUGUAAGACGUUUUUUAAUUAUUCGAACAAUAAGUAAAGUAACUUAGUUUUAAU